ACCGAUGAAGGAUUUGGCUUCUCUUUCUAUGCGACCAACUUACAAACUACCACUUACACGUAGUUGAAUGACUGAUCGAUUAUUAUCAUCGCGUACUUUUUAUGGCAUUUGAGAAAUUGUCAUGCUGAUUAAACGUUCCAGUCUCGUCUUUGAUCCCGUGCCUACGCAAACACUUACAGUACCUACAUACCUCUCUACUACCGAUAGUCAGCUGGUCUCAGGUUCUACGACAUAGGUCUCACCACAAUCCCACCGAUAGCACGUUACCGGUUCGAUGAGCAGUACACUUGCCUACAGAAGCCAAUCUUAGCUUGAAAUCAUUUAAUCUUUACUUUAUUUUUUGUAAUAUCUAUCCCAUUCCACAGGACACACCAGAACGGGUUGCGGCGUCUUCAGGACCUCUUGGUCCACCAGCCGUCAAGCUGGAGUCGUGAGUGCGCCGAUUCCUUGUGACACAACACAACACAACAUCCCGGUCCCUUUAGGUUGCGUGAAUUUGGCAGUCCAUGACAAUAUCUAGCUUUGGACUUAUGGCCCGGCCAUUCGUCUCGCCAUUUAUCCAUCUCAAUCACCUUGCCGUUGGCCUACCAUACUAACAUGACUUGGCUUAGCUUCAUCCACGUCGCCGCCUGGUCGCAGCACCGGAGCCCAAGCCCCGGUCCUCAGCGUACCUUUGGCCAUCUUCGUUCCCUCUCAAGCAUGUCCCCGGCCGUGAUUUCCCGGUCUAAGUCGCCGGUUAAAUCUCAGUCGUCGUCAGAUAUAGCUACCGAAAUGAUGGUUCCUCCUAUUAGUCCUAAAUCCCACAGUUCUCUUCAUCCCAGAAGAAUGCCAUCGCAAAGUUCUUUAAUGGUAGAGGAUCAGGAUCAUAGCACCAUUCCCGACCCUAGAAUACGUAUUACGAGUCCCGCGCCCGAGGAAAACGUCCAUCCCGAUUUAGACCAGGAAGUCGCUACGCUCAGUACGAAGCUUAUCAAUGCGAUCAACCACCAGACCAGUCUAGACGAUACCCUUUCGGCGACAAGACAAGAGUUGGAAAAUUCCCUGGAACGGAUCCAAGAGCUCGAAGAAACGAUAGCGCGGCAACAGGAAACAUUAUCUAGCGAUGUCUGGGUUAAGCGUAAAAGCGUCGAGGCUGAGAAGAGUAAACUUCUCGCGCGCAUUGCUGAGGAGAAGAGGUUGCGGGGCGAAGUUGAAAAGGAUAAGAGGAAGAUUGAGCAAGAGCUGGAGACAUUAACGGUCUCUCUGUUUGAAGAGGCAAACAGGAUGGUUAUCACAGCCAAAGAGGAUGCGAAAAGGGAACAGGAAGUUCUUAAUCGAAAGAACGAACAACUGAAGGCUCAACUAACCGAUGCCGAAAGUAUCAUGAAGUCCCAGCAAGAGCAAUUGGCGCAAUUGAAACUCGUCAUGGAGCAAUUGAUGGUUGAGCGCGAUGAUCAUAGUGGCACCGCACCUUCGUCUCCUGGGUUUAGCAAGUUCGAUUCAAGAGAUGACGAGACUCAAAUGUCCGAGGGUGCCUCAAAUCUUGCUGCCGCAGACUCGAUACCACCCACAUAUCCGACUAACCUCAACCACCUGAUUCACCCGGUAUUAAGAACUGAUCUCCCUGCUUUUGAUGACUUCGUGUCGCUCAUCAAAACGUCGAAGAGGGCAUCGAAUAGCCGCGCCUCGUCGGGGUCGUAUAGCGGGCUCAACCCUCUCCUUGGCUUCAGCGGUCCUGGGCAUGCUUCAGCCCCAUCCAACUCAUCAACCGUGUCACUAUCUACCAUCAGCACGCCGAGCGCAAAUGUCUCUCCACAAACGCCAAACACACCUGCGUCAGCCCUUAGUUCUGGAUCUGCCGCUUCUGCUGUAUUGCCGCCGUUGAAGGACAACAAAUUCUACAAGAGAGUUUGUGCUGAGGAUAUUGAACCUACUCUGCGCCUUGACAUGGCGCCGGGUCUUUCUUGGCUCGCUCGUCGGUCUGUGCUUAAUGCUAUGAUCGAUGGAACCCUUGUCGUUGAGCCAGUACCGACUACUAGUCCGUUCAAGUCUAUCAGCAAGCCUGAGUUCUAUCCUUGUUCACUUUGUGGUGAGGCGCGUAAGGACACGCCUCAUCUACGUAAUCAUCGAUUCAAGACGAGCGAGUCAGAUUCUGCUCAACGGUAUCCUCUUUGCAAAUACUGCUUAGACCGCGUAAGAUCGACUUGCGACUUUCUCGGAUUUUUACGGUUGGUCAAGGAUGGGCUUUGGCGCGCUGAUGAUGCCGAUUCGGAGCGAGUUGCUUGGGAAGAGUGCGUCCGAUUACGGGAUCAAAUGUUCUGGAGCCGUAUUGGAGGUGGAGUUGUUCCAGUAAUCAACAACCACUCACAUUCUCGUAGCGUUAGCGAGGAACCUACGCGCGAUACUCAAGAAAUACACGGGAGCACGGCCGACGACAUUAAGAUAGAAGAUACAGUUGUGACCAUUCUUCCUUCUAUCGAGUCUAGCGAACCCGAGACGAUGCAAAAGGAAGAUGAACCGAUCCAAGAUGAUAAGAAAUCAGAGCAGACGGUCAUACACGCUGACACCGAUGGUGCCGAUGCCGCUGAUGCUGCUGACGGCGCUGGGGACUCGAUUCAAUCAUCAGAGUCUACUGGUGCAGAUGCGGAGAAACACAAGGGCGACAGGCUCUCGUUGACGAUUCCCGGCGCUUUUAGCACAGAUGCGUCCGAUUAAUUAUCCAGGAACAUCCACAACAACCACAACAACAACAAUUAUACCCCCCACCUAAUAUUUCUUCCAAUUCGUUUCGGACGCACUACAAAAAGUUCAUUCUUUAGAGGUUACAUUAUUUUCGCGCGUACAUAGUUCGCAGCGCUGGACUUUAGACCCUUGUGUAUAAUACCUAGUCAUUAGAAUCAGAUGCGAGUGGCGACCCGCGGUGGAUGGGUCGUGAUAAUGGCAUUGGAGCAUUUAGCAGGCCGGUGUUUUCUGGAGUUUAUCGAUUUGCCUCCCUCGGACGAGGCCAGAUGGAGUCCCGGGACCGAGAGGGCUCGUCCCGGGGACUUUGGAUCGGGUUGGGACCGAGGUUAGAAGGCUGUAAGGUUGAUAUACGGAACGUGUUUCGAGCUCGAGAAGGGGGCUCACGACGCCAGGGCAUAGCAAGUCUACGAGGACGGAGCUACGAAGGCCUGAAGCUCAAACCACAUAAUAGGAGGUUAGCAAUAUGAACAAUGCGCCGACACGCAAUUGUGCAACAUCUUUUCCCAACGUCUGCUUCCGUCUUUGGUGAUAUUUGCUUGUUACUUCAAUGAGAUAUGUGCUGUUUAAUACCCAAAACUAUCUUGGCCCCUUAUGAUUGCACUCGUG